AUGGUAUUAAGUCAAAAUCUUGGAACGGGGGUCGCUUUUGACAACUUUGACCGAUUUGUAGAAACUUUGAGUGGAAAAGACACAUUGCACGACACGGUUGGUAUAGCUUAUCAAAUUGUAUCAGAAGAACCGACAGUUGAAGAAAGUAGUGAACCUGAAUAUGUUUGUGUGGCUGCAUCUAGGAAAAAAAGGCGAAGAGCUUUUCAAACAACUGGGUUAGAUAUAGAACCAUACAGGAAACCUAGAAUGUUAACUGUUCCAGUGCUUCCCCUUGAUGAUCCGAGAAGGACGUUUGAACCUGAAUCAUAUCUCAAUGCAAGAGCAUACGAUUCUUUAUGGAUGAUGAAUUUCUGUUUUUCACCAAAUGAUACACCUAUGUGGGUUGGAUGGAAUGCAAAAGUUUUUCCCAAUAAGAAAGAAUUACAAAAAGUUUGGUACGUACCACAAAUCAAUCAGUCACCAACUCCUACUGCUGUAGUUGCAGAAACAAUGCGACAUGCCCAAGGAAUUGCCAAUGAAAGCAAAAAGGAAAGCAUUUCAGUGACCUAUGAUCUGGCCAUCGCUAAAGUUGCAAUGCAAAUUCAAGCCAAGGAAUCACCAAGGAAUCACCGCUUUAAAGCGUAUUAG